AUUUGUGGCGAAGAAUAUAAUCGCAAACCAAUUGUCAAUUUGUGUCACCGAAGAAGCAGUGGUCGCGAAGAAGCAAAUAGUCAUCAAUUGAUUUGCAUUUGUUUUGUUGUUUAAUUUGUUUAUUGUUUUUAUACAUUAAUUGUUGAUAUUUUAUAUAAAUAUAUUUACUAUUUAUUAUCCGUUGUAUUGAAUGAGUUGUCACUGAAGUCCCGAAAAUAACGCAACCUUUUGAUUGGCCGCCGAAACGAUGAUUGUGGAGAACACGGAAGCGUUUCGCCAUUGGCUCAAGAGCUGUCUGGAACCGCUCUGUGAUGCGGAUCCGGAAGCGUUGGCCAAAUACGUGAUGGCGUUAAUCAAAAAGGAUAAACCAGAGAAGGACUUGAAGAUUAUAUGUUUGGAUCAGUUGGAAGUGUUUCUCUCCUCUCAGACCAUUACAUUCGUUGAGACACUGUUUGAGGCGAUCGGUAAUAAAUCAUACCUAAACUCAGCGCCGACGGCACCGCCGGUCCCGACACCGACCCCAUCGAUAACCGUCGCCCCGAAGGCGACGAUACAAUUGUCGGCGCCGAGCGUCCAGUCAGAGGCCUCGUCGUCAUCGACGGUGAUGAAGAACCCGGAGAUAUCAUCCGUUAGUAACACUAAUAGUCGAUCGGAACAGCAGUCUAAUAGUCAGUCGACCACUAAAACCGAAUCGACUCACGAGUCCAACAAACCCAGAGAUAAGCGGAACCGAAGCCGAAGUAGGAGUCGGUCUCCUCUGCGGAAUACCCGCCGCAAUGAGUUCGACACCAGACGGUUGGGUCCGAUGCCUAACAAUCGCAACGGAAACACGUAUUUCAAUGACGACAGACGUAAUCGUCGCGGGAAUGGCAACAAUCGGAGGGCCGGCUCUCAACGCUUCGGAGGCAACAGUUAUCGCAACGAAAGGGAUUACAGACGCGGACCAAAGCGCGGCCGUUCGCCGAGUCCGCGAUCGUUCUCCAGCGGCUCCGCGUCGCCCAACAGAUCCAGGAGUCGGUCGUGGAGUGGAGAUCGCGACCGCCACUCGCCCUCUAAUAAGAGGAGUCGUCCCGCCUCUCGACCCGCGUCUCGAUCUCCCUCUCCAUCGAAGGCCAACACAAAAGACGCGGAAAAGUCGAAGAAAUGCAGAGAUUAUGAAGAGAAGGGGUUCUGUCUGAAAGGCCAUUUGUGUCCCUACGAUCACGGCAACGAUCCCGUCGUUCUCGACAGCAAUGUGUCCGCCGCUCUCGGCUUCACUAAUACCAACCCAACCGGCGCUCCAAUGCAUCCGAUGCCCGGACCGGGAAUCCCGCCGAACGCUCCCAAUUCCUAUUUGGCCGAACCAUACAAUCCGGAAGCGCCCGGAAUGGACCCAAACGUUCAACGACCACAUCCGCCGCCCCCCGGAGGACCACCACCUUUAGGACCAAGAAUGCCACCGCCGCCCCAUUAUUGGGGGCCAAUGCCGAUGAGGGGCCCAAUGCCUGGUGGGCCACCCCUACCGCCGCCACAGUUUAUGCCACCGCCCGGACGUCCGCGCGAAUUGAUCGGCGUUCCCACCAUUGAUAACAACGUCCGUCACAAUCAACCCCUUUCUAAUCGCACUGUAAUCGAGCCAAAUAUCCCGAUGGGAGGAAUGAGGGGUGGAAUGAGAGGCGGGUAUAAACAUAUGGGAAGAGGAGGCUAUAGGAAUGUGAGGAGAGUUACGAACGAUAACUCCGAUAAGACGUGUCUCGAAGUGCGAAAGAUUCCCCACAAUAUGAACUCCAUUUCACAUCUAAACCAACACUUCUCUAAGUUUGGGACAAUUGUUAAUUUGCAGGUAUGCCAUGAGGGCGAUCCCGAAGCGGCUUUAGUACAAUACGCGUCGCACAACGAGGCGCUGUCCGCCAUCCGGAGCACUGAAGCCGUGCUAAACAAUCGGUUCAUUAAAGUGUUUUGGCGGUCGAAAGACCAACAACAGACACACGAACAGACUUUCGGCCCUAAAACCGAGUCGACCGACGAGACAGUGAGUGCCAAGUCUAGCAUCAAAGACCGUUUGGGACCCAAAGUGUCCGAAACGGAGAGUGUGUUGACUGCUGUGAACUCGAGCGGAACCAUCUCUCGGACUGUCUUCGAUCCGUCGAAACUGAAGAAAAACAACACAAAUGUGAACAAAGACACCGCAAACGACAUCAACAGUAAGUCUGUAUUAAAGCCGACUUCAAUGGUCACCAAAAACGCAGCCAAUGAGAAGACGAAUAAAACCCAAAAACAGAUUUAUUCAAAACAAUAUAAUUUACUGAAAGAAUUGAUUACAAAUCAAAAACAAUUGAUGACUAAAUUGGAGAAAAGUACGAAUGAAAACGAGAAGACCUCGAUUAAAGAGACCAUCGAUGCCAUCAGCACUAAAAUACAAGUUCUUUACGAUUCCAUCAGUAAAGUGAUGUCCGACAAGAAGAUCGUGAAGAAGCCACAGACCAAAGAGGAGUUGAUGGAAGAGCUUCUGGACACUGAUUUAGAUAUGUUUAUUAAGAUGCAAAACAACGACAUGAGUUACGUCGAGUUGGCCAACAAAUUCGCUAAACUCAAGAAGAAGGAGAAGACGUUUUCGCACAGAGGAGGCGGCGGUCGCGGAGGCGUCCGGACGUAUGCCCAGCGCAGAGGUCGCGGUGCGUACCCCCGGAGGGGCGCUUUUUCACCGCGCGGUACGAAUCCACUGCUGAAAGUGGACCGAAGGACCAGAAAAUUGUUGAUUCCCGACAUCAAUGAGGACGACAUGACUGAUCUUCUCGAGCAUUUGGCCCAAUUCAGUGACGUCGAGGUAAUCGAGCCGUCGAGUAGCGGAGCGUUGGUUACGUUUAAGACGCGAGUGGACGCCGAGAGAGCGACACAAAACAUGUCUCAAAUCAAGUUUAAGGAGAACUUACAGCUCACGUACUCCUGGUUUGACGACAAGAUCUCCAAAUUGGAUAAAAAUACGUUAACUAAAAAUAUCAGUGAAUCCAAGUCGGAAAACGAUGGCAACGAUCGUGAGUUGGAAGGUUUGGGUGAAGAACUGCUGGACUUCGAAGAAGACGACACCGAAGACGAGAGCGAAGCCCGCAAUUGGAAGGCCUGACUCUCACUCUUGAGAUGAGACGUACAAAAAACUGAUUAAAUAUUUGUAAAUUAAACGACUUUAACAUUUGUGUCAAUAAUAAUAACAUAUAUUUUUAAAAUGUUUAGUUUAAAAACAGCACA